AUGACGAGCCAGAACAAAGCUGCAUGUGAAGCAGAAGCAAAUGAAUUCACGAGGGUGGAUUCCGAGUUCCAAUCUGAGAUAUCAUUGAAAAUGGAAGAUGUUCAGAUCCUAGAGUCGUGCAUUCAAGAUCUUGAAGAUGGAAUCGAGUCACUCUCAAAGUCAUUGAUCAAAUACAGAAGGUCACUUCUAAACAUCUUAUAA